AUGUUGUUUGCUAAAGAUUCAUCUUCAACGAUUUCAUCAUGGUUAAUUGAUUAUUAUUUUACAAAAGCUUACUUAAAUCAAGUCAAAAUUUCAAAUAAAUCGACACAGCCAAAUAUUAUAAUUGGUUUACAUGAUAUGUUUAUUAUUUAUCAAGUAAUUCAAACAAUAUCAACAUCAAAAGAAUUUUUUGAAUUAUGUAAAAAAAAGUUCCAAGAUAUUAAAAAUGAUGUAUUACUAGAUAAUUAUAAUAAUUAUUUAAAUCGUUGUGGUUUAAAAGAUAUUAUUGAUUUAUUUCAUCAAUGUAAAUUAAAAUCAUUUAUUAAAAAAAUUAUUUUCAAUAUAAAUAAUGUUAAAAAUGAGAUUGAUCGAUUAAUUUUAAAUUAUUUAUUAGAAAUAGCAUCGGAACGAUUUAUUUAUGAUCAAAACACACAGUUAUCAACUGUAGAAACAAAUCAGACUAUACUGAAAUUAUUUGACAACGUGAAAAAUCAUGCUGAACAAACAAUUACUAAAAAUUAUAUAAAGCACACAAUAUGUACAUAUCUGGCACUUUUGUUGGAUACACGCAAUGAACAUGCUCUUAUUCAUUGUCUUGCUACACCUGCACGUGCAGGAAUUGAACGACGAACCCUAGUUGAAUUAAGACGUUUAUCAAAAUUAUCAAAAAAUGAAUGUUUAACUAUUUAUCAAAUACUUCUAUCAUUUCUUCGACGUAAAGAAUUAAUACUAAGUCGAUUAUCAUCAUCACAACAAGAUUCAACAAAUAAUGAUGAUGAAUCAUUUAUUAUACUUGAUAAAUAUUAUAUUGGUAUAAAAGAAUUUUUCGAUUUUAUUGAACAAAUACAAAUGACAAUCGAAGAAAAUGAACAUUCCAAAAUUGAAUCAAAUAUAACAUUUCGUAAAAUAAUGACACUUAUGUCUAAACAACUACGUAAAGAUAGUUCAUUGAGUCGAUGUGAUUUAAUUUUUAAGGAAAUUAUUGAAGAAUUCUGUCAAUGUUUUCAAACAACACUUCCACUUAUGGAUUGUGCAUCACCAAUUCGAUCUGCAUCAUCUGGCGGUACAUUAGCUGGUCGUCGUUUUCUUCGUUCUGUUGCUUAUUUAUGUGCUAAACAAACAAUUCAUUUACCAAUACUUCUAUCAAAUAAUGAUCAUUAUGAUAGCCCAUCAACAGGAUUACGAAAAGCAACAUCUUAUCGUCUUUUACAAAGUCCACUAACACCAUUACCAAUUGCUAUUGAUCACGUUCCAGAGAAACCAAUUGAAGAAAAAUCAAUUGAUAUUCCUGUUGAGUCUGUAUUUUUGUGGCAAAAAACAACAAAAAACAAAGAUAAUAAGGAAAAUGAAGAAAAUUCAUGUAAUAAAAAUCGAUAUCGACGACGUAAAUCACAACGUUGUCUUGAUUUAUCAACAAUUCAAGAAAAAAGUUUCGAUUCAGAUGCAAUCAUAAAUCAUUCUAUGGAUUCUAAUGAUAAAAUUACGUCACAAUCAAUUUCAUCUUGUUCAACACGUCAACCAUUAGGAGAAAUCGAUAUUAAUUCUUUUAGUAAUGAAGAAAGACAACAAAUUGAAAAUGAAAAUAGUAAUACAAGUCAACAUUCAAUACUAUUUUCAUUAGUUAGUGGUAAGGAUAAAGAAAACUUACCUAUAACUAUUGUAAAACGAACAAUAACAACAACAAAUAUUGAACCACCACGUAAAAAACAAAAGAAAACUAAUAGCAAACCAUUAGUAGCUGGUCAAAAAACGAUUACAAAUUUUUUUCGAUUAAAAGAUUAG